CAGACUUCACUCGAGGAUGUUGAGAUGGUCUGCACAUGAAACUCCACCAUACAUCGAGAGGCUUUACAUAGGCUACAUUGUUUUAAUAAGUUGCACGAGAAAUCAUCGGCAUUUGCACGCAUCAAUAGAUCAGAUUGGCUUAGAUAAGCAAUAUUCCUCCUGGGACAACCUUUUCACACUGGUCUUUCGACGGAGCCUGCAGGAACGCACACAUUUCAUCUGAAAGACGCUUUUGCAUUGGAAAUCUCAUGCGUAAUGGUGAUCUCCAGAGGACACUGACUAUCCAAGAACUGUCUGAGAAUUCGUUUUCAUUUUAAACCAAAAAAAUGCAGGUCAUUCUGUUUGUCUCGGUCGUUUUUCUUUGCAUCAAAAAUGCUUUCGCGGAUACUAAACUCAAGUGUCCGGAGCGCUGUGAUGUGAGUAAGUGUCCGAGCCCGAGCUGCCCGAGCGGGUAUGUGCCGGACCGCUGUAACUGCUGUCUGGUGUGCGCGCAGGGAGAGGGCGAGCCGUGCGGCCGCAAGGACGAUCUUCCCUGCGGGGACGGGCUGGAAUGCAAGCACCCGUCUGGAAAAAGACUGUCCAAAGGCAUGUGUCAGUGCAGGUACAGCAGUAAAGUGUGCGGCAGUGACGGGAACACGUACGGUAACAUCUGCCAGCUGAAGGCCGUGAGCAGGAAAGCGCCGCAGCAGGGUCUGCCCGCGGUCACCAACCUGCACAAAGGACCCUGUAAAAGCAAUCAAGGUCCCACACACCCCAGCAGCCCAAGGAACAAAUUCAACUUCAUUGCUGACGUGGUGGAGAAGAUCGCCCCUGCUGUGGUACACAUUGAGCUGUUCCUAAACCACCCCCUCUUUGGCCGGACGGUUCCGCUAUCAAGUGGUUCAGGUUUUGUAAUGUCAGAGACUGGGCUGAUCGUGACUAAUGCUCAUGUGGUGUCCAGCACCACACCUGUUUCGGGUCAUCAGCGACUCAAAGUACAGAUGCGUGAUGGGGAUGUGUAUGAGGCCACUAUCAAAGACAUUGACAAGAAAUCUGACAUUGCCACUAUCAAAAUCAACUCGCAGAAAAAGUUGCCCAUUUUAUUGCUGGGUCACUCGGCAGACCUGCGCCCGGGUGAGUUUGUGGUUGCUAUCGGCAGCCCGUUUGCCCUGCAGAACACCGUGACGACAGGAAUAGUCAGCACUGCACAGAGAGAUGGGAAAGAACUGGGUCUCCGUGACUCAGACAUGGACUACAUCCAGACUGACGCCAUCAUCAACUAUGGGAACUCAGGUGGACCACUCGUUAAUUUGGAUGGAGAGGUGAUAGGAAUCAACACCCUGAAGGUAGCUGCAGGAAUCUCCUUUGCCAUUCCUUCAGACAGGAUUACUCGCUUCUUAAAUGAUUCAUUGGGAAAGCAAAACAAAGAGACAAGAGCAGUGAAGAAGCGUUUCAUUGGAAUCCGAAUGCUCACCAUCACAGAAGCACUGGUGGAAGAGCUGAGGCAGCAGAAUCCUGAUUUCCCUGAUGUCAGCAGCGGGAUCUACGUCCAUGAGGUGGUUCCUCACUCUCCUGCUCAGAAAGGGGGCAUCAGAGAUGGUGACAUCAUGGUUAAGUUAAACGGAGAGCCUCUCAUGAGCACCAGCGACCUGAAGGAAGCGCUCAACCAAGACACGACUCUGCUGCUGGAGGUGCGCAGAGGCAACGACGACCUGCUCUUCAACAUUGAGCCUGACGUCAUCAUGCAGUGAGACCCAAAUGUGAACCAUCGAACUCUCACUGAAGACAUUGAUUUUAUCAUGUCAGUCAUGCACUGUCAUGGCCAAAGGGAUGUCUUACAGGGCAUCCUUCUACAAAACAGGGACCUCUUUUACAAGCUGAGAGGAAUCUAACCUUGAGCUUUUGCAAUCUCGGUCAUGUCAAGUCUGCCUAAGAGAUUUUAUAUGAAAGGCAUUUCAUAACAGCACACUUUCUUCGAAGCAGGUUUGAAGCGGAGAAUGAUUUAGAUCAUUGCAAAUAUGAAAAAUUGCAGUACUGUAUUUUGUAGAAAAAGACAAAGCUGGUGAUAUUUUAUACCCAGUCCACAAUGAAUCUACAAUGAAAUGUUAAGCUGGGAAAAUUUUUAAAAGUUGAAAUCUCAAUAAAUUAUAUAUAUAUUAUAUAAUUAU